GCGUGGAUGUGUGGGUGUGUGUCGAUGGUGGUGACGGGCGGGGGGGGAGUUAAUCGGAAUGGGAGAGGUUGUGUGAGAGACACACAAGGAAGGAAGCUCGCUUGCUCUGCGGGGAUGCAAUGCGCUCCGGACAGAGACGGCAUUGAGACGUCCUCGCAGUGGAGGUGAAGUCACGGGCUGGCCCGGUGAGGGGGGGGGCAAACGAAGCAAGGACUCCAGCACGUCAAGCGACCGGUGACGUGGAACUUCAACAGUGAUGCUGCCGCGAUCGACACCUUCCCCUAAACCCGAAUCCUAAAACACUCUCGCUCUGAACCUGGCCUAAAUCUUCAUCCUUAAACACUCUCCCCAUAAACCUGGCCUAAACUCUGAAACCGAUCACGAUCUCCAAAAAUCUGACCCCAAUCCUAACCAUAACUAUAAUAACCCUUUUCUCCAAUCCGACUGACAUGAAUCACUAUUUUUCAGAGGACUAGCAGUCGAAAAAUAAUCUACUUUUUCAAUAAAUUUUUUGGCGUGAUUUAUCGUGCAAUGAACGCAGUGAUGUAACGUUUACACGGGCGUGUUCCCCCCACCCUACCAGGGCUCUGCUCGGGAAUCUGUGAGACAUUCCGUAGGUGAUACGUUAGACUUAGAGAUCCAUGAAGGCCCCUGGGGGUUUUUAGCUGAGCACAAGUUUUAUACUUGGAGGAUUUGUAAACCUCGGCACACGUUUAUAUUUUUUUAAUAAAUCUAUUUAUACGCAGCAUUAGCCGACGUGACAAGUUUAGAGCCUUAUUCUUGCACCGUGUCGUUCAAACAUACGUGACGUUAUAACGUUUAAGCAUGAAAUACAUUUGUUACAUUUCAAUAAUUAAUGCUUUAAAAUAAAUAGUCGAUCCAAUCCUAGCAACAAUAGUGUAAAAGUAUAAAAAAAAAUCUUUUUUUUUAAAGUUAAUUUUUAUUUUAAUUAGUAAAUUCGCUGACGGGAACAGAAAAUUACAAGCUUUGGUCAAGCGCCCUUCUGCAGGAAAAUACACAGGCACUAUAUACGAACACACAGACCGACAUACAUACAAUAUGUACAUCUCACUUCCAUUUUAGCACUCAUAAUGUAGCUGUGCACCCUCUAGAUAUGCCACACAAUGUGAGGGCAUCUGAGUAUUGGUUGUUAAACCAUAGCACAAUACUUUUUUGGGAAAUAAAAAUAAACAUUUAAACUUAAUGCCUUACACAUUUGCGUGCCCAACGAUCAGUAUGACUUGCACACACACACUCGCAUGAGCUUCAGGUUAUAAACUUUUGUGUCGAUAAUAAAUCGGUCACCCUGCCUUUUCCUGACCGGGCAGCACCUUCUCACCACUCUCAAAAUCCAUAGCCCUCCAUUUCUUGUGCCCCGUCUUGAAACGCCACCGCGAUUGAACGCCACGCACGCGUACACAUUAACACGUGUGCACGCACGCGCACAUGACCGCAACAUCGCGCCACUAUCGUCGAGGCUUAAACUGAAUCGACUCAACCAUGAGCCAAAGCAGCGACAUCCACCGCAUGCGGAGAGUGCGACCGUCGGCCCUGCUGGAGGUGUUGGCGAUGGUGUCGGUGAUGGUGGCGCCGGGCACAGAUGCACACAGCCUGUUCACCUGUGAGCCGGUGACCCUCCGCAUGUGCCAGGAUCUGCCGUACAACACCACCUUCAUGCCCAACAUGCUUGGACACUACGACCAGAUCGCGGCGGCCAAGGCCAUGGAGCCGUUCCACCCGCUCGUGAACCUCGAGUGCUCACCGGAGCUGCGCCCGUUGCUGUGUGCCGCCUUCGCACCGCCGUGUGGGGGCGGCUCCGAGGGGGCGUCCCCCUGCCGACCGCUGUGCCGCCGCGUCCUUGCUCUCUGCUCGCGUCUCGCCGACGUCUUCGGCGUCGCGUGGCCCGACGAGAUGGACUGCGAGCGCUUCCCCGACUGCGACGGCGUCUUCCGCGACCCUUCCCACGGCUCCGACGGCGGCGACGACGGCGACCGCCGGGGCUCGGGGCCCGGCGACCCUCGCCACGCGGCGGCCGGCGUCGGCGGCGGCGCUCAGCCCCGGGACUUCGGCUUCUGGUGCCCGCGGCAGCUGAGGGCGACGCGGGGCCUGGGCUACCGCUUCGCGGGCGUGCGGGACUGCGCUCCGCCGUGCCACCCGCACAUGUUCUUCGGGCGCGACGAGCUGGCGCUCGCCCGAUACUUCAUCGGCGCCAUGGCGGCCGUGUGCCUGUGCGCCACGCUCUUCGCCGUGCUCACGUUCCUCAUCGACGUGCGCCGCUUCCGCUACCCGGAGCGGCCCAUCGUCUUCUACUCGCUCUGCUACCUGGCCGUGGCGCUCUGCUACCUCGUUGGAUUCGUGGCGGGCAGCGGGGCGGCCGCGUGCAACCCCCCCGACGCGGCACGUGGCACCGCGCCCACCGUCACGCAGGGCUCCCACCGCCGCGCCUGCACGCUGCUCUUCGCGUUGCUCUACUUCUUCACGCUGGCGGGCGCCGGCUGGUGGGUCGUGCUCACCGUCACGUGGUUCCUCGCCGCCGGCCUCAAGUGGGGCAGCGAGGCGAUCGCGGCGCGUGCCCCGCUCUUCCACGGCCUCGCCUGGGGCCUGCCCGGCGCCCAGACCACUCUGCUGCUGGCGCUGGGCGCGGCCGAAGGCGACCCGGUGAGCGGCGUCUGCUUCGUGGGCGUCUACGACACGGCGGCGCUGCGCUGGUACCUGCUGGCGCCGCUCGGCCUGUGCGUGGCCGCGGGGCUCGGCCUGCUGCUCGCCGGCUUCGUGUCGGUGAACCGCGUGCGCCUCGUCAUCCAGCACGACGCGCGCAACCAGGAGAAGCUCGUCAAGUUCAUGAUCCGCGUGGGCGUGUUCAGCGCCCUCUACCUGCUGCCGCUCGUCGCGCUGCUCGGCUGCUACCUGUACGAGCAGGCGAACCGCGGCGGGUGGGAGCUCGGAUGGCUGCACCGCCACUGCCAGCACUACCACAUCCCCUGCCCCGCGGUGGCGGAUGAGCCGGGCCGCCCGGACCUGACGCUGGUGCUCGUGCGCUACCUCAUGACGCUGCUCGUGGGCAUCCCGUCCGUCUUCUGGGUCGGCAGCCGCAAGACGUGCUCCGAGUGGGCGAGUUUCUUCCACCGGCGCGGCAAGCGCGACACGACGAGCGACUCCCAGCAGAUCUUGGAGGACGUUCGCUCGCAAACGCAGGGCCAGGCACCCGCCACCGCCGCCGCCACGACGCCGGCCCCGGCGCGCGACCCCAAGACGCCCGUGGUGCGCAAGUCCCGUGGGACGUCCACGCAGGGGGGCGGAGGAGGGGGCGCGUCCGUGGCCGGGUCGCUCCAUGCCCCCACCGACGCCGGCAGCGUCCCCAGCCGCGUGGGCAGCAGCUACCACGGCAGCCUGCACCGCUCGCACGACGGACGCCGAACGCCGGGCAGCGCCCGUGUCGCGGACGAGCGCCUCGUCUACUGCAGCCUCCCGCGAAUGCGCGGCGGCGACGGCGCCGCUCCGGGACAGCCGCCACACUCGCGGCCGCCCUCGCGCCACGACAGCCUCAACCGCCUCAACGGCAACUCGCGAGUCGCGCGGGCGCAAGGCGGCGGCGGCGGCACGAGCAUCGAUCGGGCCGCGAGCCCUCGCUCGCGCCAGGGCUCGCGGUGCGGGAGUCUCGCCCAACUGUCGGCGCAGUCGAGGCACGGCAGCCUGGUGCAGCUGGCGCCUCACUCACGCCAGGGCAGCCUGGCCCAGCUGACGUCGCACUCACGCCAGGGCAGCCUAGUGCAGCUGGCGUCGCAUUCGAGGCAGGGCAGCCUGGCCCAGCUGACGUCGCAUUCGAGGCAGGGCAGCCUCGCCCAGCUGACGUCCCACUCACGCCAGGGCAGCCUGGUGCAGCUGACAUCCCACUCACGCCAGGGCAGCCUCGCCCAGCUGACGUCGCACUCACGCCAGGGCAGCCUCGCCCAGCUGACGUCGCACUCACGCCAGGGCAGCCUCGCCCAGCUGACAUCACACUCACGCCAGGGCAGCCUGGUGCAGCUGGCAUCCCACUCGCGCCAGGGCGGCCUCCGAGACGAGAGCGUGGGCGCGCAGCCGCUGAGUCGUGGGAACAGCAUGGACUGUGUGCUGGAGGAGGACUGCACGAGCGCGUGAGGGUGCGGGGACGUCGAGGCGACGCCACAUGUGCGGGAGCACACGCGCAUGUACACACGCACACGCAUGCAGGUACACGCACGCAGCAACAACAACAGCCGCCAUUCACGACCUGUGCAAAAACUAAACAAAGACAAUGACCCCCCCCCCCCCCCCCCCACGUAUAACCUUUAACAGACUGUUGCGGCAAGUGCCGUUAGCAAGUACUAUGAAGGCUGGCAUGGCACACGAGGGGGUGGGUGGCCAGCACCACGCCCGGCCGCGUUUGUCUCCCCAGUGCUUAUGUUUACACACCGCACCAGGUAUUAGUUUGAGGCUGAGUCGACCGAGGAGAGGCCCAUGACCGGAUCAGAUAUUCAUCACUGUUGUUGGUUGUGAGCGAGAAUCGAACUUGGGUCAGAGUUUCGUAGUGCAGUGCGUUAACCACCACAUUUCUGCUCCCCAUUUGCACAAACACGUGCGCACAGAUACACGCAUGCCAACGUACGCACGCAUAAACAUUGCAUAGCAACAUCAACCCUCUGAUGUCAACGCACGUGUCCACCCUGGCACAAGCCUUUCCACUCCUAGCAUCUGGGCAAUCUUCUGGAGUCACAAGGGUCAGUGACCAUACUCCUGAUCUCCUCCCUUCACCCGGCUCUAUGUUCAUGUAAGGGUCCUCAUUACUGUUAUGGAUCUUUUGAAAGCCUGUAGGUCCUGGGUCUGGAGCAAUGAACCCACUCUCGAUGUGAUAAGUCGUCAUUCGUCUGAUGUGAGAUUCCGUUCGAGAAUUAACUCUCUUUUUUAAUGGCAUUGUGGUGCAUGUAGGGCCUCUAGUGGCUGUAGGCUUCAUCUUAAACAAUCACAGCACAAUAGCAAUGUACAAACCCUUGUCUACCCACUCAUGUUGUGUUUAUCAUGGGGGCUAUUUGACCAUACUUCACUACCCUGGUAACGGGGGGAGGAGGGGGACAGAGAGGCCACGGGGGAGUGUGCAGGACCAGUUCAGAUAUCACUCGACAGGGUUAACCGUGGCUGGGAAUCAAACUCGGGUCGUGGGGUUUAUUCGCAGAUCUAAAGCGAUCGAUUCUCGCACUCAUGGCUCGAUGCAUGCGUUGUGAGUGUGAGAAUCGCUACACGGCUGCUGGGUGGUGUCAUACAACUGACCUGGUUGUAUCCAAAACUGGCCUGGGCCUCCCCUAUGCCGACUCGGCCUUAAAUGAGUACCCGGUGUGGUGUACGUGUAUAGGGAAGACAAAGGGGAGCGAGCGUGCAUGGCACUGGCCACACUGGAAUGAAAACCCUCGCAUGCAAAGUGGCCACAUGCUCAUAUCAGUUUUUUUUACGUCCAGAGCACAGCAGUGAGAAACUUCGUAUUCAUGUGGGUGGAUUCAGUCAAUUAAAUAAGCACAACUAUUGCUGUCAACCUGCCCAGCACCGAGUGGUGCAGAUGAUAAUUAUGAUUGACCGGCAUCGUCUUCAUCACCACCUCACCGGUGUUCACCACGUUGGCAAAUUGUGGGAUCGUGAUGUUGACGACGACGAUGAUGCGAAAGUAACAAUGGUGUAUGACGACGAUGUUUAUGUACAUUAGUAUAACCACAAUUCACAAUGCGACUGUGGCUCAGCAGUUAUGAUUCAGAGAUGACAGCAAAUAGACUGCAGGGCAUGGCGGUGCACUUUGGAGGUAACGGUUGGUGGAUCGUGUACAGUCGUGAAAUUCCCAGUCUCGUAGAACUGCACGUUGGCCAGGAGAUGGCAAGUACAGCAAGUGGGAUCGUGAACCCAUCUUUGCGGACGUUUCAGUGGCAUUCGCUCGUAUUGCGUGGCGGGUUUUCUGCGGGGCGCUCCCUUUUCUUCCCGCAAAGAAGCAAGAUGCUCCAGAAAUCGGCCAAACAUCGCAACGCAGGGACCCCCCCCCCCCCCUGAAGAAAGAGCCUUGAGAACCAGCGAGGUUAGCCUGGAUUCCGUGCAUGACAUCGCUAUCGAUUGUAUGAAACAAAGGGAAGAUUACCGUGUAGGAAUUUUGAAAACAACUCUCGUGAUGUUGACGUGAAUGUGUGUGUAUAGGCCUGGUGCUGCAUUUAAACAAAGAGAGAAUUUCACGUUUUUAUCACUGGUAAAUUAUCGUAACGAUUAAGUUCGACGGCCAAAAGGGCCUUACGGGGGAAGGAAAAACAUUUUGCCUACAGCACCAACAGCAUUCUAUAAUGAGCCACAACCCUUCUGGUGAGACCAAGAGAAGUCAGAGUUUGGCUGCUUAAACAAAUGCUGUUGGAAAACGUUGUUUUCUGAACGCCGAUGGGCAGAUAGAACUACAUGUAAUUUAUAUAUUUUUGUCGUGUUUAUUUAUUACUUUAUUUCCCACAAUCCACCAGGCAGCGCAUAAUGAUGUUUGCAUGAAGUAUUUGAUAAACCGUUGACGGUUGAAGUUGACCAGAAAAGGAAAAAAUAUAUAACGUAAACUUGAGUUACUCGUGAAUUAAAAAAAUGCAGUUUACUGUGAAAGUGGAGGGCUAAGAAUGGUAAGUUACAAGUAGGGGGCAUGGUAAGGCACAAUUACGGAGUAUUUUAAGGCACAGUCGGCAUGGUAAAGCACAAUGAAUUACAGGGAUAUUAAAACAAAACCUAAAAACUAUAAAAUACAUAUUUGAGUACGUUACCAUCCAGGAUUUAUCCCAUGAAUGUUAAACUUUCGGGCACAGACUGACAGUAUAUUUAUCAUACGCUGUGUUGUAUACAGCUGUUGUGUUUAGGCUGAAGUAAUGUUGUAAUUAAUUUUAUUCCUGCAAUCGAUGCAAAACAAAAUGAUCUGGUAUUAUUUUAGGUGUUAAAAUUGGAGCAAAAUGUCAAUGUCCCCCAGGUCUCACACAAAGGAGGGCCAAACAAUGGGCCCGUAUCUUUUUUUGGACGGUCAUGAAUCAAGGGUGAUCACGUGGUAUCCUAUCCCAGGGCCAUCAGCCCCAGGUGUUCCCGGAACCUCUGGGCAGCCCUGUUUGUGAUUGUAUUGUUGUGAGCCCAUCGCAUCACGUUUGUUAAAAUUUAAACUUGCCAACGGCAGUUAACAUUGCAAUGUAUUCAGCGUUAACGUAACAGCUCGGUCUCCAUUUUGGUGGUUCUGGGCCAAUGGUGGAAACUCCACAUUCCUAUGGCAGGGGAAAGUUCAACCACUGGACAAAAAGUGUUGACACUGUGUGUGCAUGUAUAUAUGUAUGUAUGCACACAAAACCUAAGUAUUUUUUUAAAUGCGGUAUAAAUGUGGCAAAUGUUACGCGAGAAAGAGAUGAGUUAUGGCAAAAGGAAAUUUUUGUUUUUGAUGAACGUUGUCGACUGCAAAUAGAUUUGAUCGCUGUGUUUAUUCGUGACAAUGUAGGGCAACACACCUGCGUGCAGAGCAAACAGGUGAUGUCUAAUGGUGGAGUCUGUACAGCAAGUUGGUUGCUCAUCGUCAUUAUAUGGUACUCGGGUUUCUUUCCAUGCAUAAUAGUGAUGAUCAUUAUGAUUAUCAUCAUAUGUCCCAAGCAGGACUCGCCAGCGGAGUAGUCUUGAGACUCAGUGAGGGUCUUCCAGGCUGGAAGAACCUAAGAUUAAAGAAAAAAAUCAACACAUUCAUCAAAACACUGUAGCUUUCAAAUAGUAUAUAUAUCUACGACGUUUUGGGCAAUUGGUAAUCUUAAUAGCACAUGCUGUAUGAAGAGGAACAAUAAUCCGAAUCACUCACCGAUUAUUAUUAUUUAAUUUUUUAGACCGCCAAGUUGUUAUUGACGAACGUGUUGAGUUGUUGUGCUUGUGCGCCGCUGUUCACCAGCAGAAUCGCCAAAUAAUCUGUAAGAUUAAAAAUUGUAGCGUUCUGUGUCCAAAAUUUUAAUGUAAAACAUUGCAGGACAUGUCAGUGGCCAGUUGCAUAUCUUAAAAUCUCACUUAGUUGAGUCUGAUUUUAAUGGGAAACAAAUGUACACUUAAGUUUUAUGCAACUGACCGCUGAAGUUCCUGAUCCCCAACUCCUGAGUCGAUGAGUUUUCACGCAUUCUGUCCCAAGAAUGUAUUCUUCUAGUAUUGCUGUAGCGAAUGGUAGCGACCUCUAGCGGCUGCAUGGUCAACAAACCCGUUAACUAAUUACGUAAGACGUACGACUUGAAAGAAAAAAAACACGUUGAUUCUUGCAUGUGCGAUCGAUUCGGUGCGUGUAUCAUAAGCUUUAGAAUCGAUAUCAAUCAACGCAUCGUAGCAAUGCAUUUGACCAACUGUCUUAAGCACAAAGUCAACAUUAAUCAAAAGAGUAUGAGCAUUUUGAGAAUAGGUUUUCCCCUUUUUUCUGGCAACAAAACAGGUGUUAAGAUGUUAAAACACCAAACUGAAACAUUUUACAAGGAAUCAUGUCUGCAUUAAAUACUUGUGGUCAGAAUGCAAACAAAAAACAUACUCUCAUAAUAUAUGCAUUAUCUUUGAAACGGAUUGGUCUACACCAGAGACAGCUUUCUUUUGAUCCUCGUCUCAAACGGUAUUAGACCAGAGGACGCCAGAAAAAAAGGGGGAAAACCUAUUCUCAUAUUUUGGUACUGGCAAAGGAGGUCCCAUGAAGUAUGAGCAUUAACCGCGCACUUGCAUGGGAUGUGCUGUAAGUCCUCGUUUAACGCAGUAUAUGCAUUCCUGAAAAAUGCCGCUUGAAGCAAAAAACGCGUCAAGUGAAAACAAUUUCCCCAUACAUAACGUACCGAUCAAGUUUGGUGAGAUUGGAUGUACGCACACACACACGGUGAGAUGGCGGGACAAAUAACUGAGGGUACGCCGCCACGUUACCGUAUCAUUCCGCUCAAUCGCGCAGCUCAAGAAAGUAGUUCGUCAUCGACCACUCAGAGACCGCGUUAUAAGUGCGCGCGUUCCGCAUUCCAUGCGCAAAAGCGGUCCCUGAUGGACACUGGCGGAGCCAGUGGGGGGGGGGGGGGGUGGCACAUGCUUCCCCAAUGAUCCAAUCGAAAUCCCUAAUUUCUAUUGGAUCAUUGGGGUUUAUUAGUACUAAAUUGGCAUUUUGUGACCCCCACUGCCACUGUGUAGCAUAUUAUUACGUUCCAGGUACUCUAUGAGAUGAUAGAACAACAGUCUGAGUCCAUAAUUUGACUCAGACAGUUGCGUAUACGGUACACGAUUUCCAUGAAGGCAUACCCUCAGCGAGCGCGAUGCCGAUCACACAGCGCGGUUCGAAUUCGACCCUCGAUCAAUGGCUGCGCCAUUGCCGCACACGCGUCGAAUAAAAAGCAAGGGACAAGUCCUUCCUUACUAACAACUCCUCUAUCAUUUUUCAUUGCUGGAGGGGUUGCCCCCCCCCCUACCUGAAAAUCCUGGCUCCGCUAUUGCUGAUGGAGUAACCGUGAAAACGCGUUGUGUGAACACCACGCGUUAAGCAAGGCGUUUGUGUAACUUAAACGGGCACCUUGCCCACGUGCGAUGACAUCAUAAGCAGAGUCAUUCAGUCGUAGAGGGUGAUGUCACCGCGUCGAAGCCAUGGGCGUGGCUUAAGGGGCGAUGACAUCAUGCGUAAACGCUGGGGGGGGGGGUUAAAUUUAAAUCAAUGGGGGGGAACUCAUCUUGUGGAAGAUUCUAACCAAUAAAGUGCGAGUCAAUCUUCCGAAAGAUUUGUGCUCCCAUUGGUUUGUAUUGGAUGUUGUUAUUUUUUUCAGAAUUACAUUUCGGAGGAAAAAAAAUUCUUAUUAUUAUUGGGAAAAGGCGAGAAUAUUUACCGGAAUGUCCUCGCCAAGAGAUACGUUUCUGUUUUUUUUUAUCGUUUCAACGAACCGUUUGGGAGAUAGAGCGUGACGGACGGUCGAAUGGACUCUAGCAAAUGAUAUAGAUGAGUCUUUUCAGUUUGACAGGUCAGGCAAAACGGCCAAUAUCUUUGUUUACAGCUCAUUGUCAAACCAACAACUCCUACUGCAUUGGCGUGUUGAGCUUGUAAUGACUAGGGGUGUAUUAUUUUGUACGUGUAUAUAUAAGAUGAACAAAACACUGGACUUAUAAAUAAGUGAAAAUGUGA